CCUGGAGGCGUUUGGGAUGCCCUUUUCGUUGGCUUACUCUGCGACGUCUGAGUGGCUGCUGCGAAGUCGCACGCGCCUCGCCGCAAAGACAUGCACCGAGGGGCCGAUAUCGAUUAGAGGUGAACCGAGCGUCUACCUUGGGCGUCUGUCAGACACGAACACACGCAGCAUGCCUUGACGUGUUUCCCGAACGGACCAGUAGUAAAGACAUAGCCUCCGUAAUCGCAGCCGCCUGCAUUUGAUGUCGCGUCUGACGCACUCCUUGCAAUGAAUACAGCCUUCGGAUUCCCAGAGCCCCUCGUCACCGAUACCCCGCUACCGUUCCCCGAGCAAUGCGCCAGGAUACAUGAUCGGAUAGCCGCGUUUCUGGAGAAGACGGAUGUGUCGGACCGCGUGAAGAGUGUACAGGAGCAGACGCGCAUCGCGUUGGGCGUCAUAGACGAGGCACUGGGGCAAUAUAGUCUACCAGAGCUCUCUCUGGCUUACAAUGGAGGAAAAGAUUGCCUUGUCCUCUUGAUACUGUACCUCUGCGCCCUACACAAGCGUGGGCUAACAAGUGCUCCGACCCCAUCGUCCAACAUUGAAACCGCCAUACAAUGUGUCUACAUCCAAGAUUCACACCCCUUUGCUGAAGUUGAGGCCUUUGUCAUCACAAGCAUAAAGAUAUAUUCCUUGGCUCUUUUAGAAUACGCAAAGCCUAUGAAGGCUGCAUUUGCAGACUACCUGCGCGACACACCAUCAGUAAAAGCGAUACUAGUGGGGACGCGGCGGACAGAUCCGCAUGGAGAGCACUUGAAACACUUUGAUCCCACAGACUCGGGCUGGCCUAAAUUUGUUCGUGUACAUCCCGUCAUAGACUGGCACUACGUAGACAUUUGGACGUUCAUACGAUACCUCAACAUACCUUAUUGCCCCCUCUACGACCAGGGAUACACGUCUCUAGGCGGGACUACCGACACUCAUCCAAAUCCUGUCCUCGCUCGCCAGCCAUCGUCGAACCAGGCACCACAAGUAGGGGAAACAAACGGAACUGCCAAGGGGAUACAGAAACCAAAGUUCCGGCCAGCAUAUGAGCUAGUGGACGAUUACGAAGAAAGAUUGGGGAGAGAUAGAUAG